AUGAGAUUAACAUAAGAAAAAUUUUAAUUGGAAAUAACAAAAUUGAAAGUUUAUGAGCUGAAGCUGUAAUUAAUGCUUUAUAAGAUUCACAGAAUCUAAUAUUACGAAUCUUGGAUGGAUCCUGAUCAUAUAACAAAGAGUAACACAGUUGGAGAAUCUAAAAUUACUGAAAUAAGGCGAGUAAAAAAGAAGACAAAAAAUCAAGUUUAAAAUUUUAGUGGGGAAUGCUAAAAUAAUAUUUUUUUGACAAAUUAUCAAAUAAUCCUGAAAGCCGUUUUAAUUAUUUUAUAAUAAUUUAAAUAUUCAUAUAAUCUAGAAAAAAAUUUAAAAUUAUAUGUCUCUUUAUAGAAGUUAAAUAAUUGUUAAUAUUUGUAAACAUAUUUAUAAAUUGAAGGAUAACACAUAUUAGUACUUAAUAAGUCAUGGAAAUUUGAAAUUCUAAAUGUUCUGAUCCUAUUAUAUAUAUUGCAAAUAACGAUAAACAAAAAUUUAUUAAUUAUAAUGUUAAUGGAGCUUAUAGAAAUGAAGAUUUAAACUUCAUAUCUUUGUCUUUACAUAUUUUUUUGUUCAACCUUUUGCUCACAAUUCAAUGAAGAUUUAUUAAUUAAGAGCUCAUAUCCUAUGGAGAUGACAACAAUUACAAAAGCAUCUAAUCCAUCUCAGUAUGAAUUUUGGAGUUUUUACAUCACAAAUUGGUAAGUGACUUCUUACCCUUGGAUUGAAUAAGAGCCCGAUUAAGGUAAAAUCAAAUAACAGUUAUUAUUUUUAAUGAAAACUGUAGAGGAUAAAAAAAUAUUGGCAUUUAUGUAUGCAACUGUAAUAACUGUAACUAAUGUUUUACAUAACUUCUAUUAUGAUGGUAAAAUUAUUGAAAUACCUUAUAAUCCAAGUGAGUAUGAAGGAAUAUGGAUAUUAAAUGUCAUUACUUUGAAAGGAUUAAAAAUGGAGUUCGAAACCUAUGGAACAUCUUAGACUUAGAUGUUAUACACAUUUGCAUUAAAAAAAUCAGUAAUUGGCUUAAAUUUUUAUGUUGGAGGAUCUGGAAUUGUAAAUUAUAUGUAUAUAUAUAAAAUUUUAGAUUUUUCAAAAAUAUGAAACAGUAAUAUUUAGAGGAAGAUUAUCUAAAUUAUUUGUAAAUAAUAGUUAAAGGAAAGUAUCUCAAAUAUAUUAAGAAAGAAUAAAUAUUUUAAGAAAAAAUGAAUAUGAACAAACAAUAAGCUUGAUUCCAGAUAUAGUCAAUUUUGAUGGAGUUGUAUAAAAAUAGUUUGAAUUUGAUUAAUUUGGAAGAAAAUUUAGUAUUUAUGGAUGGGUAAAAUUUUAUACAGAAGAUGCCUAUUAGUUAAAAAAGUAUUUAAUAGUUAGAUUAACAAUUUUUAAAAAUUAUUAAGAUGAAAUAGUUGUUGGAGAUGAAAUACUCAAAAUUACAGCAGAUUUAUAUUUGUCUGACAAACAAAAAUGUGGAUAUGAUGUGAUAUCUCAUCAUUAUUGGAUGCCAUAUCCUUAAAACCAGUUGUCAGAUUCUAAAGAAGAUAAAAUCAGUUUAAGGGGAGACUUGCAAUAUUUAGAAUUAUUAUCAAAAUGGCAUUUUAUUUCAUUUGAAUAUGGAAUAAAAGGAACUUCAUAAAGAACUUAAUUUAAAUUAAAUUAUUUUGAAAAAAAUAAUUUGAUGUCUAAAACCUAUUAUCUUGGAAACAAAUAAUAUAACAGUUUAUUUAUAAAUACAAAAUAUUAUGCUAUUUUAGGAGGUGAUUAUACUGUUUAUGAAAAGAUGAAAGGAUAUUUAGCUAGGUUUUAUUUUAAAUCAAAUUUUUAAAAUGACUUAAACAUUUAAUUCAGUAUUAUUAAAUAAUAUUUUUAGAUUGUCAUCAUAGUUGCAAAACUUGCAACGGACCAUUACUUUCAAAUUGCUUAUCUUGUAAUGAUUAAAAAAGAGUAUUUUUGGAUGAUAUUCAUUAAUGUGUUUGUCCAUAUGGAUAAUAUGAAAGAAAUUAAUAAUGCUACUCAUAUUCAGAAUUAUAUCCAGAAUUAAAUUAUAAUGAAAUUAAAUUGACAUUACCAAGUUUUUAAUGUCUAUUUGGAUAUUUUUAUCUUCCAUCAAUUUAAUAGUGCUUAAAAUGGUAAAUAAUAUAACAACACUAAAUAGUCCUCAAUGGAGCCCUUAUAAUUUAUUUUGUGCAGAUUGUUUAUUUAGUCCCUCUAUUUGGUAUAUGCGACCUAUCUGUACUAUUGAUUUAAUUACAUAAUAAAUUAAUAAAGAUUAAGAUGCUUAUACUUAAAAGAUAAGGUCUACUCUAGAUUAUGAUGUAUAUUAUAUUAAUAAUGAUCAUAAUUUGAUAUUACUUGAAGGAGUUUAUGAUUACUGUGACAUAACUAAAGUAUCAACAGAAUAAUGUUUGGAAUUAAAUGUUUAAAAUUUAUAAAGUAAUGCAUUUGGAUUUUGUAAAUAAAAUCGAUAUUACUCUAAUUUUAGUUGCAAUUUAUUAGAUAAUGCAUGUAUUAAAUUAAAUAAAAGUGAUAAAAAAUGUCUUGAAUGUUUAAGUGGAUAUUAUGUAUCAGAUGAUGGUACAUCUUGUUUAUAAUGUCCUAAAUCAUGUUAAAAUUGUUAUGGCUUAAACAAAUGCUCAUCUUGUGAACCAAAUUUUGGAUUAAAAAAUGAAUAAUGUGUUAGAUGUGGAAAUUUUUGUAAAAUUUGCAAAUAUUCAAAUGAAUUUGACAUUAUGUAAUGUCUAAGUUGUAUUGACAAUAAGUUAUAUUAUUAAUCUUUAAAUGCAUAGGAUUGUAAAAAAAAUGAAAAACUAAAUUGUAUAUAUGCAUUUGAAAGUUCUAAAUCAGAUAGAUUUAUCAUUUCUUUAGAUUAUAAUUUUAGACCUUAUAAUUAACCAACAAUUACUUAAUGUGCAUUAUGCAAAGUUGGCUAUUAUUAUUAUGAUUAAACAAGUAGUUGUGUUCAAGGAGGAUUAACAAAUUGUCAAUAUGUUUAUGGAAGACAAGGAGGAUCUUAACUAAACAAAAUUUGUUUAUUUGGUUCAUAUAAUUCAGGCACUGUAAUAUAUUCAUUUACUGAAGAAUGUCCAAAACUUAAAUUACAUUGUAUACAUUGUCUAAUUGAAUAAUUAACAGCCUAUAUUUAGGGUGAAAAUUUAGUUAUUAAAAAAGUUUCUUAUAAAUGUCUUGUAUGUGAAAAUGGAUAUUAUGCUUUAAAAAAAACAGGUUAAUGCUAAUAAUGCCCAUCAGAAUUACACUGUUUAAGUUGUUAUUAGUAGAAUAAAUAUUAUAAAGAUAAUUGGAAAAAUGAUAUCCGCUCAUUUUAUCGAGUCUAUUUUGAAAAUUAUUUUCAUGAAUUUACUGACUAUGGAAUCAGUUAAAAUGAUUCGGAUUACGAGAUACUUUGCACUAAAUGUGAAGAAGGAUAUGAAUUUUUUGGAGACCAAUGCAUUAAAAUAUGUCCAGAAUCAUGUUUAGAAUGUAAAAUAAUGGAUGGUAAAAAUGUUUGUGUUAAAUGCCCCUUGGGUUUAAGAGGAAGGAAUCGUAGCUUAAUUAACAAUUAAUGUGUUUAUUGCCCAUAAAAUUGUGAAUUAUGCAAGGAAAGAGAUGAAAAAGAUGUACAUUUGAUCAACCCACUUUUUAUUAAUAAAGAUUACUCAUAUUAUUCUUAUUAUUGCAUAUAUGGAAACACUGAAAUAUUUGAUUAAGAAUUAGGAUUAUAUAUUGAUUGCUAAAAUGGUCCAUGUUAAAAAGAACUUCUGAUGAAUUUUAAUUUAAUUUGUGAUUUUGAUGAAUAUUAACAAUAAAUUAAUUAAUUGUAAAGUGAAUAGGAAAAAAUUACAUUUAGACAUUAAAACAUUUUAAGUGAUGAUUUGUUUUCUUCAAAUAGUUUUUCAUAGGUAAAAAUUCUAUAUAAUAAAUUUAGUUUGAAACAUAAGAAUUUUAUUAAGAGGCUAAUGAAAAAACAAUUAAAAAAAUUUUGAUAAAACUAAUUAGUCAAAAACAAUAAAGUUGUAUAGUUAAGGAUUAAUUACAGAUAUCAUAAAAUUUCAGUUCAAAUAUUUUUUCAGCAAUGUAAUUAUUUAUAAUAUUAUAAUAUAGAGAUGUUGAGCUUGAAAUUUAUGGUAAUGGCAUUACAACUUUAAUAUUUCAAAAAUAACUAUUAUUUGUGAAUUUUAAAAGAGUUCACAUUGAAGGAAUUAUAAUUCAAAUAGAGUAUUUCCCAUUUGGUCCUAAUUUACUUAAAUUUACUAGUCUUUUUGAGUAAACUAUUGAAUUAGUCAAAAUAUCUUAUAAGUAAGACUUUAAUUUAACAACUUUUUAUACAAUUAUAGAAAAUGCUAAAAAUGUUUUAAUAUAAGAAUUUUUGGUGGAAGAUUGCAUAAGAUAAUUCUCUAUUUAGGCUUUUAUUAAGAUUUAAUAGAUAAAAUCUUACUAGACAAUUAAAAUUAUGAAUUUUAGAAUUUAAAAUAGUUCAUUUUUAAAUUUACAUCUAUUUUGGUUUGAUCUCAAAGAAAAUGAUUAAGUUGAAAUAACAGAUUUAACAAUUAAUAAAACAUUUUUUAAUUAAGCAUUAAUAUAUUAAACAAAUGGUUAAUUAAAGAUUAAUUAAAUGCACAUAUAAUCAUGUGAAAUAUAUUCUUAAAGUGGCUUAUUUUUAAUUAAUUCCUUAAAAUUCUUUGAGUUAAUAUCAUUUGAUUUUAUAUCAAAUGUAAUCUAUUCUGGUAAGAUUUUAAAUAUCAAUCAAAAUUUAAAUUUAGUAAAUCUUUAUUUUAUUAGAAAUAAACUCUAUAACAAUUCUUUGCUUAUCUAUAAUGAAAAAGUAAAUAUUGGAUAACUAUUUAUCAAAAAUAUUGUAUUUUAAUUAAAUGGAUAUUCUGAAGAUUCAAUAUUCAUAAAAAUAAGUUCCACUAUUAUACCUAAUAAAGAGAUAGUUUUUAAUUAAUUAUCAAUACUUGAAAAUCAAUUGUUAGAAAUAGCUAAUAAUCCUGCCUUUAAUAUAUUGACUGUAACUUUAAUUUAUUUGGAAGUAUAAUUAGUAAAAAUUGAAGAAUUAAUUAUUGAAAAAGCAUAUGGAAUACCUGAUUUAGUAAUUGUAAAGGCUGAUGAAUUAAAUUUAAAGUCAAUAUCAAUAAAACAACAUGAAAAUCAUAAAUAUAAAGGGCUUUAUCAAAAUUUUGAUUGUUUUUAAAAAUCUAUUGAAAAUAAAUAUAAUUAUGUUUGGAUUAAAAUAUAUGAUGUUCCAAUUAUAGAGAUUUAAUAAUUAGUAAUAUCAUAAGCUUAAACUAUUAAUUAUCCUAUUAUUGAUAUUAAGACUUCUAUUUUGAAUUUCUAAACCUAAAAAUUAAUUAGAUUAUCAGAAAUGCAUUUUACUCAAAACUUACUUUUGAUCACCAACAAAAUUAAUAUAGCUUCAAUUAUGAAAAUGUAAUUUGAAGAAGAUUAUCAUAUUGAAAUCUAAAAUUCAAUCUUUGAAAAAAAUUUGAUGCAUUAAUAUGUUUUCAUAGAUUUAAUCAACUCUGGUUUAAUUUUUUUUGUUGAUUGUAAAUCUUGUACAUACUUUCUUAAUAAUCUAAUAUUCUAAUAAAAUAUUGUUACAAACUCCUCUAAUAGUAUAAUUUACAUUUAUGGUAAAAAUAUUGAAAUAUAAAAUUGCAGUUUUAUUUAAAAUGGUUUAUUUGAUUAUUCAGUUUUACGUCCAUAUUUAUUUUGGGGUUAUAAUAAAAUUCUAAAUAUCUUUAUGGAAUAAAUUAAAGAAAAUUUUCUAACAAAAAUCAAAACUGGGAAUGGAAAAAUAAUAUGUCAACAAUUAAUAAUUAAUAAUAUCACUAUUUUCAAUACAACAGGUUCAGGACUUUAUAUAUAUUUAGAAAAAGAAGCUUUUGUUCAAAUAAAAGAUGCAAAAAUUUAUAAUAUUAGUCCUUCAUUUUAGAAUGAAAAUGAAAAUGGUGCAGCUUUUUUAAUUGAUACUUAAUUUUGUGUUUCUUCAGUCAUUUAGCUAAUAAAUAUAAUUGCAACUGAUAUUUAUUUUAGAAAUAAUGGUGGCUUGCUUUAUAUUUAAAAUUCAUAUGAGAAGACUAGAAUCUAAAUUUCAAAUCUUGUUAUAAAUGAUAUUUAUUCAUUGAAAGGAUCUAUAUUUUAUGGAGAGUUUUCAUUUUAUACUAAGUAGCAUCAAUAAUUUAUAAUUGAAAAUUUGAAAGUUCAAAAUUCAAAAUAAGGUUAUUUAAGAUUUUUGAGCACUUAUAAUGAACCAAACAUUUAAUUAUUAUAAGAAUUAAAAAAUAGCAGAAGUUUAUUUGAAAUAAAAAAUGCAUAAUUUGUAAGUUUAAAAGAUAUUGUGAUUAUAUCUCUCUUUUAUGAGUCUCUUGCUAUUCUUACAUAGAUAUUAACAGUAGAAUUUCAAAAUUGCAGAAUUUUAAACUCAACAAUAUAAAAUUCAUUGUUGAAUUUGAAUUUAAUGAAGGCAAAUUCUUAAAUUAGAAUGGUGGAUUUUUUUGUUUCUAAUAUUUAAAUUACUGAUCAUAUUACAAUAAUAGAAAAAUGUGCGACUUCAUAAUUGAAUUUUGAAAUGCAUCAAUAAAUUUGCUCAAAAGAAUUAAGCAUAUAAGAUUCUCCACAAUUCCUUUUAAAUAAAUAAACCCAAGAAAAUUUAUACAAUAGUUAUUGUAUUAUCAAUUAAAUGAAUCAACAACAAUAAUAAAUUUUAAGCCUGUUAGAUAUUAAUUUGCAAAUAACAUUUUUAUAAGUUUCUGAACUUUAUUUAAAAAACAUAAAUUGCGAAAGCUGUAAAAAUGGGUUACUAAAUAUCAAUAUUGUGGAUAAUUUUAGCAAAAUUAUUAUGAAUUCAAUUAUCUUUUAAGAUAAUUUAUGUGGAGAAUAAAGUUGUUUGAAUGUUAUAAAAUCUGUAUCAAAAUCUAGAAUGUUAGAAUCCUUAAUCUAAAAUAUCAAAGAAAAGUAAUAUGACUUAAGAUUAGUAAACUAUAAAUGUUUAAAAAACUUUGCUUAAAAAGGUACUUGUCUUUACAUUCAAGAUGUCAAAACUUUAAUAGAAGAUUCUAUUUUCCAAAAUAAUACUGCUAAAGCAUAAGGAGGUUCAAUGUAUAUCAAUGGAUCUGAGAAUUUUUUUGUAUUGAACUCUGCAAUUUAAUAUAACAGAGCAGAAUUAGGUGGAGGAAUAUUUCUAAAGGAUUAAAUUAUUUAAAAUCUAAAUAAAUAAGGAACAUUAAUUGAUGAAAAUGUAGCAUAAUAAUUUGGUCAAGAUUUUGCUUAACUUCCCUCUUAAUUGUCUGUCUCAAUUGAUCUAGAACAUAAAUUAUCUAAAGUAAAAAUCAUAGAGUAAGAAAAUAUUCUGAUAGAAGAAGUUAUUAUUGGAAAUUAUGAAUUAUUUAAAAAACACUUUUCUGAUGUAUUGUAUGUUCCAAAUGGAUAAGUAUUUUCUUAAUAUUAAUUUUUUGAUUACAAGAAUUAGGAAUAUACGAAAUAUCCUUUCCAUUUAAGGUUAAUCCCAUUAGAUUAAUUUAAUAAUGUUUAAGAAAAUUUAUUCAAUACUUAAUGUGAAAUAAGUGGAAGGAUACUUACAGACAAAGAAGAUUCAAUAUUUACUUAGGAUUUUACAAGUUUUGAUUAAGUCAUGUUUAAUUAAUCCGAUUAUAAUUUUGAUGAUAUCAUCUUUUACUUUGAUUUUGAUGAUAAAUUGAAUCUUACAUUAUAAUUAUAAUUUCAUUGUGAUUCUAUUUACAUACCCAUAUAUGGUAAAAAUUAAGAAAUUUUAGGAUAUCAUAAUAACUAUUUUUUAAGAAUGAAUAUAAAAUCAUUACCUUGUUAAUUAGGUGAAAUUAAAAGUGUCUAUGAUGAUUCAUGUAUUCCUUGUAAUGCAACUUAAGGAUUGUAUUCAUUAACUAUUAAUUCUUUGAAUUGUUCUUAAAAGGAUGAUUUCUCAACAAGUGAAAUAAAAUCAGCAUAAUUAAAACUUAAACCAGGAUUUUGGAGACCAUAUUAUGAUAGUGAUUAUAUAAGUUAAUGUAUCAAUUUACUUGAUAAUUGUAAUGGUGGAUGGAUAGAAGGUGAUACAUCAUGUUAUUAAGGACAUAUUGGAGCAUUAUGUGAAGAAUGUGAUAUACACAAUUACAGAGGAUUUGGGCACUUUUCAACUAGUGCCAAAUAUACUUGUGGAUCUUGUGUUGAUAAUAAUUAAAAUAUUGCUGCUAUAACUGCAAUCAGCUUAUGGUAUAUUUUUAUAAUAUUUAAUCAGGACUUUAAUCUCAAUCUUAAUAUCAGUAAGAAGUAAUGUAUCAUUAAAUGAAAAAAUAAUUUUGAAAAAAAUAAUUUCGAGACUAGUACUGACAAAGAUAUAAUAUCAUUCCAAUUUUGGUAUCUUAAUCAAGAUGACUACUAAUCAUUUGCAAAUAGUUUCAGUUAUAUUUACAUUUAAAUUUACAUCAUUAGUCGAUGUGGGUAAUAUUGUAAAUGCUCUAAGCAAUCCAAUUCAAACAAUGACUCAUUCCCUUGAUUGUUUAUUAAAAGAUAUGUUUGAAAUUCAAAUUCAUUACUCAAGAAUAAUAUGGUAAUUAAUAAUGCCUUUUAUUUACAUUUUUUUGUUUUUAGGAUUAUAUGGAAUUGCUUUGUAAAUAAAAAAGCUAAAAUAUAGUUUAAAUGUGAUAACUACGACAAUGAUUUAUAUGUACAUAUACCUCUAACCAUUUUUGGUGGGUAGAAUAAUUUCAUUAAUUUCAUUUAGAAAGAUAUCUGAUUUUUAUUGGAUUUAAGCUAAUGUUGCAUAUAGAUAUGAUACAACAACCCAUUACUAAUGGUUAUUCAUAUUUUGUUUACCUCUAUUAAUUUUCAUCUCUUUGAUUAUUCCAUUAUUUUUUUUUAUUUCUCUGUAUUUAAAUAAAUCAACAUUGCAAUAAAGAAAAAUCAGACAAAAAUGGGGAUAUUUAUAUAAUGAAUAUAAACUUAACGCUUACUAUUGGGAAAUUAUUAAGAUUAUCAUGAAAUAGCUUCUAAUUAUAUUUCUCUCCUAUUAUGAUGAAAAUAUUGUUAAGAAAGGAAUUCUUUUGUUAUCAUUAGUAUAUAUAUAUUGGGAAAUAAGUAAAAAAUACAGACCUUAUACCUCAUAUGUACUUAAUAAAUUGGAUGCUUAUUCUGCAAAUGUAUGUGGAAUAUCUAUUGCAGUUGCUAUAGGAAUUUAUAUUGAUUAAUAGAAUAAAUCAUAUGAAAUUUAAAUACCAUAUUUAAUUAUUCUAGUUACCAUUAAUAUACAAUAUUUGAUAAGAAUUCUCAAAGAAAUAGUAUCUACUUUUGCAGAAGAAAAUGUUUAUAUAUUUGAUAAAAUUAAAGAAAUGAUUAUUAACAAAAUGCCAUGGAUCCAAAAGUAUAAAGUGCUUAACAAAUUCUUACAAAAAAGAUAUGUCCAAAAAUAAAGGAUAGCUAUGAGAUAUCUUAAAUUAAAAAAGUACUUAAUUAGUUAGGCAUAAAAGAAUCUUACAAUAAAAAGUCAAAAAGGUGGAAUUUUAAUAUCAAAUCCAACCCAUGAUUAUUCAACAAAAUUAAUAUGA